UCCAACACCAAGGUUCUGCUUAUAGAGAGAGCAAUACAGCUCUAGACAAUAUCAGUCAUACUUGUUCAUGUGAAAAAAAAGUGAGAGAAUGCAUGGCUGAUGCCACCUUUUAACAGCAGACUGGGGGUUGUGUUUGUGUUUCUCCCAGCAGAUAGGACCAUGGUCACUUUCGGACACCCCAAUGCCUCCAAGGACACAGAGGCCAUCAUGCCUCAGGAACAAGAACCGGAGAAGAGAAGAUUUCGGUCCCACUCCCAACUAUAUGGAGCCAUCGGGGACAGCAUUGGCAAUUUAGGAGAUACCUGUCCGACUUGUCGGGGAAUAGGGCGUAUUCCAAGAGGUAGGUGGCCCACUUCAGCCAGACUGACUACUUAGUUGCUCCUGUGACUAACUUACAUGUCGAUAUUGGGACUAUUUCCAUGUUAGUAUUCAAGACUUGCUGAUGGGAUUCGGGAAGUGUCUUUCUGAAACUAUUAAUAACCCACACUUGUUUUAAGAGAAGUGAGAGUCACUGUUGUGUGUUGUGUGUAGUAAGGCUGACAUGCCAAUAGAGCCAUAUCUGUAACAGUGAAAUAAUAACCCACCUUACUGUUCUCUGAAUAGGACAUGAUCAGCUAGUGGCAGUCAUUCCAUGUUCGGACAAAAGACUGAAGCCCAGCCGCACGUAAGUGUGUGUGUGUGUCUGUUUUUGUGCGUCUGAUUGUUUGUGUGUGUGUGUGACUGUGUGAUGUGUUUUACCCAUACGAGACACUGUAUACAGUAAGAUUCUCUGUGUGUUUAAUCAAAAUAUAGUAUUACGCAUAGUUAACUCUUAAUUUUCCAGGAAACUCUACGUGUGUAUCUCGGUGGUGCUGUGUCUCCUGGUCUGCUGUCUGAUCCUCUUCUUCCUCUUCCCACGGAGUAUCUCACUAUCCCCUGUCGCCGUCCAAUCAGUGAUGGUCUUCUUCACCCCAGACACUGUUGAAAUGCAAGUCAUGGUAAGUACGUGACGUAUACAUGCCACACUCCCUUAGACAUCAAAGACAAUGUGUGAUCACUCAUUAUUUGGUUCAUUGCAUGAGGUCAGUGUGAUCAAACUGUGUUUCCUCUUCUAGAAUGUUUUCAACUUCACCAAUGAGAACUUUGCGGAAAUGGAAGUCCUGGACUUUGAUAUGCAAGUGCUGAUCGCUGAAACAGUGGUGGGCAGAAUCAAGAUAUCUAAUAUGACCUCGGUCAAAUCACGUUCAGAGAAAGCGGUGAGUGUAAUAUUGUUGUUUAAUAUAAGUCAUAAUGCAUCAGGUAUCCUAGCGGUUAAAAGCGUUGGGCCAGUAAUUGAAAGGUUGCUGGUUUGAAUCCCGAGCCGACUAGGUGAAAAAUCUGCCGAUGUGCCCUAGAGCAAGGCACUUAACCCUAAUCGCUCCUUUUAAGUCGCUCUGGAUAAGAUAAAUGUCUGCUAAAUGACUAAAAUAUAAAAUGACACAAUUGUAAUACUGUGUCGUGCAAAGCACUUUCCUUUAUGGUCCCAUAUGAAACAGUUUGACCUUCAUUUCCAAUCUAAUUGAGUUUUUUCUGGUCUCCUUUUUUAUGUCCGUACAGUAUACUGUUGUCAUACCCAUAAUAAUUGAGGACCCAGGCCUGAAGUAAGCAUGACAUUUAUUAUCACUUACAUGUUCAAUAUCAUUACCAUCACUACUUCUAAAUUAGGAAGGAAAUAUAGUAUUAUCUGUGUACAUUAUAGUACCCUAUGUAUGUACUCUUGGCUAGGACCUACAGUGCAUUCGGAAAGUAUUCAGACCACUUGACUUUUUCCACAUUUUGUUACGUUACAGCCUUAUUCUAAAAUUGAUUAAAUCCCCCCCCCCCCCCCCAUCAAUUUACACACAAUACCCCAUAAUUGCAAAGCAAAAACAGGUUUUUAGAAAUGUUUGCAAAAAAACGUGGAAAAAGACAAGGGGUCUGAAUACUUUCCGAAUGCACUGUAUAUGAAUUAAACUUACAGUACAUUCUUGGUUUUGUUUUCGAAAUAUAUGAUUUUCUUUCUGUUAUAUGUUUAGGCUAGUAAAUGUCUUCAUAACUCUUCUGUUUCAGUAAUUACUGCAAGUCAACCUCCAUAAGGAUUCACACCUUGUUCUUGCAUUUGCAGUGGGUAUCACACUUUUAUUUUAAGAUAUGUUAAUUAAAGGACCAACCACAAACACAUCCGUCUCACCACAUACACUUCAGCAUCUGACUACUAGGCUGUAGUAUGCCUAGCUUCAAUGCUUAUCUACAGUAUGCCCCAUUAACUUCCCAUUUCAACAUACACUGUAUAUACAAAAGUAUGUGGUCACAUCUUCAAAUUAGUGGAUUCGGAAAUUUCAGCCACACCCGUUGCUGACAGGUUUAUAAAAUCGAGCACACAGCCAUGCGAUCUCCAUGGACAAACAAUGGCCUUACUGAAGAGCUCAGUGACUUUCAACAUGGCACCGUUAUAGGAUGCCACCUUUCCAGUUGGUCAAAUUUCUGCCCUGUUAGAGCUGCCCCGGUCAACUGUAAGUGCUGUUAUUGUGAAAUGGAAACGUCUAGGAGCAACAAUGGCUCAGCCUCAAAGUGGUAUGCCUCACAAGCUCACAGAACGGGACCGCCCAGUGCUGAAGCGCGCAGCGCGUAAAAAUGGUCUGUCCUCCGUUGCAACACUCACUACCGAGUUCCAAACUGCCUCUGGAAGCAACGUCAGCACAAUAACUGUUAGUCGGGAGCUUCAUGAAAUGAGUUUCCAUGGCCGAGCAGCCGCUCACAUGCCUAAGAUCACUUUGCGCAAUGCCAAGCGUCGGCUGGAGUGGUGUAAAGCUCGCCGCCAUUGGACUCUGAAGCAGUGUAAACGCGUUCUCUGGCGUGAUGAAUCACGCUUCACCAUCUGGCAGUCCGACGGAUGCCAGGAGAACGCAACCUGCCCGAAUGCAUAGUGCCAACUGCAAGGUGUGGUGGAGGAGGAAUAAUGGUCUGGGGCUGUUUUUCAUGAUUCGGGCUAGGCCCCUUAGUUCCAGUGAAGGCAAAUCUUAACGCUACAGCAUACAAUUACAUUCUAGACAAUUCUGUGCUUCCAACUUUGUGGCAACAGUUUGGGGAAGGCCCUUUCCUGUUUCAGCAUGAUAAUGCCCCCGUGCACAAAGCGAGGUCCAUUCAGAAAUGGUUUGUCGAGAUCUGUGUGGAAGAACUUGACUAGCCUGCACAGAGCCCUGACCUCAACUCCAUUGAACACCUUUGGGAUGAAUUGGAACGCCGACUGCGAGCCAGGCCUAAUCGCCCAACAUCAGUUCCCUACCUCAAUAAUGCUCUUGUGGCUGAAUGGAUGCAAGUCCCCGCAGCAAUGUUCCAACAUCUAGUGGAAAGCCUUCCCAGAAGAGUGGAGGCUGUUAUAGCAACAAAGGGGGGACCAACUCCAUAUUAAUGCCCAUGAUUUUGGAAUGAGAUGUUCAACAAGCAGGUUUCCACAUACUUUUGGUCAUGUAGUAUAUCUCAACUGGAACCAUCCAGCCACUCACAUAUCCUAUACUUCUAAGAAUGAUUUACAAAGUAGUUUUGCUGACGAUUCUUGUUGUCAGUGGCCUUGAAGACCUUUGGCCAAGUAAACAUGUUUUGACCAACUUCUUUCUUCUGAAUUUUGCUUUUCAAGACCCAACACGAUUGGAGCCAAAAUAGGAAUGUUUUUAGCCUUUUCAAAACGUGGAUGAAUUCCCCCUUUCAAGCCACGUGUUCAAAACAUGUCACUCAUUUGUUUCAUGUCCAUUUGGGAUGAAUCAGGCUGUAAACCUAGUACCGUUGUUAACUAUAGUCAUUCCUUUUAGCUCAUAAACCAAACCAAUUUACAGUUGUUGCAUUUGUUUUAUUACCGAAAAAGAUAGUCAGGAAUAACGGAAUAAGAAACGUUUGAACUUUGACCAUUUUUCACAUUUUGAAACACGAGACUGUGCACUUGCAGUUGAAGAUUUCAAAAUGCCUGCCUUAAUAUUCCCUUUUUGUCUUUCACAGAAUGACAAUGGAUGUGUCUUACCUGGCUCACUCGGAGCAGCUGUCCAAAGACACCUUUGAGUACAUUGACUGUGGAGCCAACACGACCAUCCCCCACCCUAUCGGGCAAAUUAUUUUUGAACGAUGAAAGCCUGGCAAAGAGGGAUUCCCAAAGUGAAAAGAUGUAUUAUUAACAAGAUAGACUUGUCAAAGGGAAAUGUAUAUGUAUUGUAGAAUAUUAUUCAUUCUAGUAUUGUCCUCUGUUCUACCCACAUUAUUUUCUGUGCAAUAUUCUUCUAAAGUAGUUUUCUGAAUGAUUUAUGAACUGUGAAAGUACAUGUUGGUUGUUUUAACAUAAUUGUAGGGAUUUAGAACAUAUGAGAGGUGUGAUAAUGAUUCAGAAUACAAAUUAAAUUCCACAAGCCAUGUUAUGUGUAUUUUAAAGUUUACUGCAGUGAUAUUCAAUAUGCAAUUGGCUUGUAAUUCCAUGAACCUUCUUAUAUAACAGGGUAAAUAACAUUUCCUAAGUGUUACCAUGAUUUGACUGUGAGAGGAAUGGUGCAUGUCCCAGUGCAUGAUGGUUACAGCUACAGAUGUUGAUGUACUGUAGCGGUGGUUGUUGUUGCCAUGGAGAGCCUCUAACAAUAAGGUGGUGCUGUCAUGCUGUCCUUAGCAACCACUGCUGGGAGUACUGGAUGGACUGAAACACAUCAAACAACCAUCUUCAUAAAUCUGAUGUCAUCAACACAGAGUUUUGGAUUUGUCCUUUUAGGAAAAAAUCAAUCUUUGGAAGUUAAAUCUAGUUUCUAUAAUAUUAUUGAAUUUCCCUGUCAAUCGUCAUAACAUGAUUAGUAAAAGAAAUAGGCCAUAUUCUACUCUCAAUUUCUUAGCUUGAAACAAUGAAAGCUGAGCCCAUGAUAACUGGAGGUCCUAUGGUAGUAGAAUGGACAUGUUUGGCUAAGGUUGCCCCCAUAACUCAACAGUGUGUGAUGCAAGAACUGAACUCACUGAGUAUCUGUUGUCAAUCUUGGCACUGUAGCUGUCUUUGUUCGUGUGCACACUUGUAGUGCACACUUUAACCUGCUAUAAAGAGAAAAGCAUAUAGAGAGAGGGUUAUAAAGAAGUUAGAUUCAGUUAAUUGCAUGGACAUUCAUAACCUCUAGCAAGGGAUGAGAAUACCCUAACCCAGUGGCACAUCCAGCAC